AUGACAGGUUUGCUGAAGAAACAUGGCAUCUCUCACAAGGUGGCGACGGCUUACCAUCCCCAAACAAAUGGCCAAGCUGAGGUGUCUAAUAGAGAGAUCAAGCACAUACUCGAGAAGAUUGUUAAACAUCAUAGAAGGGACUGGAGCUCUAGGCUUGGAGAUGUGCUAUGGGCUUAUUGGAUAGCUUACAAGACAUCCAUCAGCAUGAGUCCGUUCUGCCUAGUCUACGGAAAGGCUUGUCACCUUCCGGUGGAGGUGGAAUACAAAGCUUACUGGGCUGUGAAGGAAUGCAACUCAGGAUUGGGAGGAGCCGGAAUUGAAAGGAAAUUGCAACUAGAGGAAUUGGAAUGCCUUCGACUAGAAGUAUAUGAAAACUCAAGGCUCUAUAAAGAAAAGGUGAAGGCGGUACAUGACAAGCACAUUAAGAGAAGAGAGUUUAGAGCUGGGGAUCAAGUCCUUCUCUACAACUCAAGGUUGAGGUUAAUGCCGGGUAAACUGAGGUCAAGGUGGGAUGCACCCUACGUGGUAGAGAAGGUGAGACCAUAUGGAGUUGUCCACCUAAGUCACCCCUCAAGCCCUACCUUCUUCAAAGUCAAUGGCCACCGUUUGAAGCUAUAUCAUAGUGCGAAAGUGAAGAACAACAAGGAGCUGAAGAUCUUCCUCUUGAAGGAUCCAGCAAAGGAAGAGGACUGA